UCAAACUUGAUACUUUCAGGUUACGCUCUCUCAGUGUUAGACACGUGUUUAAAGAUGAUUCAUCUGCUUCCUGUAUUUAAAUCAGACUAACAAUAACUUCAUGCCAUAUCUGUCUGCGAGCAUCACUUUGCUGUGACAAACACAGAAGCAGAAUCUGUUAACAGCUCACUGGACACUUGCUGCAGCGUUUCAGUUCCAGAAAAUCUUCUCAUCUUAUUACAGAUGCUUGUCUUUUUGUUUUUGAGAGCGAGGAAAUAAUUUAAUGAUAAAAAGAAGUGAACCAACUGCUGUUAGACGUGAGUAUUAACCUUCACCUCAACACCUCUGCUGCUAUCGUGGAAAUAUUAGAAGUAAAAGGAAGCCUCUGUGUUCAGUGGUGAGCUCUGACAGCUGAGAGGUGAUUCUCUAAAGAUGAACUGUGAGUAUAAGAAGAUGUAUUUAUCUGUUAUUUACCUGCACUAUGUGUGUUAAAAUACAACUUUAAUUUCUUUAGCAACACGCCCCACCACCCUUAAAAAUAUUUAAUAAUUUCAUAGUUAAUUAGUCUCAGACUUAAAGAUUUACUUUACUGACUUUGUUUUCUGACAUUUGAAGGAUCAAACAAUUGAUCAAAGAAGUUAAAAAUAAAAGCUAAGCUAACUGUCUCUUGGACGUAGCUUCAUGUUUACUGCACAGACAGUGAGUGGUGUCAAUCAAGCUCAUUUCCCACAAUGUAAAACUAUUGGUUUAAGGGAUGAAGUCAUGUUGUGCAACGUGUUGUGUUGUCCUCUCCAGAUGUUCACCCCUGAACAACAUUAACAGCAACAAAUCUCCACCUGACAGUAACUCAACAAUCAAACCAGCCGUGGUCCUAAAGAUCAGCAUGUCAGCAUACUUAAUACAGAGACGUCUUCUCUUGCUUUUGUGUCUCCUGCUUCAUCUUAACUCUUCACUGGCUUAUUCACUGAAAGGCUGCGUCAUCAGUUAUUCUGAAGACGCCUCGGCUGAUGUUUCUUUGGAUUGCUCAGGUCGUGAACUUGUUACUGUCCCUGAUGACAUCCCCAGAGAUGCAAGCUCAGUACUACUUUUAGCCAAUCAGCUUGAACAGAUUAACAGGCAAGAUUUUGGCCACUUGUCAAAGCUGAGAAAUUUGUCCCUAGACUCAAAUCAGAUUGCUCAUGUAGACGAUGGAUCUUUCACUAAUUUGGUGGCACUGACAAACCUCUACAUGAAUGAAAACAAACUCACCAGGCUGACAGGCAACAUCUUUCAGGGACUGUCCAACCUCACCACGCUUGCCCUCGAAGGAAACAACAUUCAGUUCAUUCAUUCCUCGGCCUUCCAGUUCCUGUCCAGCUUACAGACUGUGAUUCUAGAAAACAACAAUCUCCAACAAGUCACUGACAUUCAGCCCAUCUUACAGCUACCACACCUACAGGAGCUGAACAUUGGAGGAAAUCUAUUUACCUCCUUUCAGACCAAAGAUCUGCUGCUGAACGUGUCCUCAGGACUGAAGGUGUUAAAUGUUUCUGAUAAUGCUAAGUUAGAAAAGUUCAGCAUCACAACACAGAUCUUUCCUCACCUUGAGAUGAUAGACCUUUCUGGAAGUGGUCGAGCUGCUGGCUGGAAAUGGGACAUACCUGACAAGACUUUACUAAGGAACAUAACUCAGCUGGAUUUCAGCGGCACUUUGAUUCCUUUUGAAGAGAUCCAAAAAGUCCUGCAGAGUCUUGACUCACUGAUGCAUCUGAGACUGAAUCAUAUAAAGACAUUUAUCCAGAAAGGUCUCUUAGCUACAGUGUGCAAAAUACCGACACUAAGGAGGCUGGAUCUGUUGUACAACCGUGUUCCCAAAUUAAGUUCAAAACUUGUAACUUGCUCUCAGCUUAAUGAGCUCGACUUGACCGAUACAUACAUGACUGAACUGCCUAAAGGCUCAAUGAGAUUGAUGAAGAGUCUGAGGUCCCUAACUCUAGACUUCAACUUUCUCACCAAAGUGCCAGAUGACAUUAGGAGUCUCUCCUCCCUCGAGGUUCUAAGUCUUAGUGCCAAUAUUAUCACUGAGUUGACAUGUGAUGAUUUCAUAAACACAACGCGACUUACAGAGCUCUAUCUGGACAUAAACCACAUUGCCAAACUGGACAGGUGUGUCUUUGAAAAUCUUAAUGAUCUGAAGGUUUUAGAUAUGAGUAACAACUUGCUGUGGACAUUUGGAGGUGCCUUCAAAACAGGACUGCAGAAGCUUGAGUUCUUGAAUUUGAACAAACACUUUGCAUCUACUCUUGAAAAGGGGGAUUUUAAAGGUUUAGGUUCCCUAAAAUAUUUGGAUCUGGCAUCAAAACAUGUUGGAAGUGUGAAAAGUAACGCUUUUGAUGGAUUGAACAACCUCGGAACUCUUCAAGUGUCUCUACCACUCGAAUUUGAAAAUAAAUUCAGAGGUUUACAACAGUUGGAAAAACUCACAGUCUACUUUGAUAUUGUUGGCAGUUUCAAAAGUCCUCAUUCAAACUUCUAUAAAGAUUUGUUCCAGUUAAAAUCUUUGAAACUUUUCAAAAUAAUAUACACAGGUGAUCACUCUGGCUUCCCCUUUGAAAUACUGAUGGAUAUUCUUCAGGCUAUGAGACAUUUAGAGGACUUCACAGCUGAGAAUUUAUAUAUUUCUGCUCCAGAUCCCAACACAUUUAGAAACAAUCCCCAGCUCAAGCGUCUGACACUCAGUCAGAAUGACUUGUCAGAUUUGGGUCCUGAACUGUUUCAGCCAAUCCCAAACCUGCAGGCUCUCGAUCUCUCUUACAGUAAGCUCAAAUCUUUGGAUUUUCUGGCCCAGGCCGACCUGUCUGCACUCACAUUUUUAAAACUGAGUAACAGUAAGAUUACAGUGAUCAGUGAGACGGUCUUCCAGUCUCUCCCUGCACUCACAUAUCUGGACCUGGACAAUAAUCCUUUCACCUGUGACUGCUCUAAUGCCGGCUUUAUCCAAUGGGUGAAGAACAACAACCAAACUCAGGUUGUUAACGCCCAUAUGUACACCUGUUCCUUUCCUGUGGUGGAGCAAGGAAACAAGUUGCUGGACUUUGACAUCCAGUCCUGUUGGAUGGACGUCGGCUUCCUCUGCUUCAUUUGCAGCACUUGUCUGACUUUGCUAACUCUUCUCGCUGCCUUCGUCUUCCACUUUCUGAGGUGGCAGCUAGCCUACGCAUACUACCUCUUCCUGGCCUUCCUCUAUGAUAGCAGGAAGAAGAAGAAGAACAGAGCUCCUCACCAAUACGACGCCUUCAUCUCCUACAACGUUCACGACGAGGCCUGGGUUUACAGAGAGAUGCUUCCAGUGCUGGAAGGAGAGCAGGGCUGGAGGCUCUGUCUGCACCACAGAGACUUCCAACCAGGGAAGCCCAUCAUGGACAACAUCACAGACGCCAUCUAUGGCAGCAGGAAGACCAUCUGUGUGAUCAGCCAGCGCUACCUGCAGAGCGAGUGGUGCUCCAGAGAGAUCCAGAUGGCCAGCUUCCGCCUGUUUGACGAGCACAAGGACGUUCUGAUCCUGCUGUUUCUGGAGGAGAUCCCGGCCCAGCAGCUGUCUCCGUACUACCGCAUGAGGAAGCUGGUGAAGGGACGCACCUACCUGAGCUGGCCGCAGGCCGGCCAACACAAAGGAGUCUUCUGGCAGAACGUCAGCAGAGCUCUGGAGACCGGGGACGCUCCCACAGAGACCGCAGACCUCCUGACUGGACCGGCAGGAUGCUGAGUAUAUUACCGGACCUGCGAGGUUCCUUACAGUUGCAAUGAAAAACAAGAAGAGAAAGAGAAAAUAUAAGAGAUUCAGAUUCUCCUGAAAAUGAGUUUCUUGAGCUGGGACCACAUAUUGAGUUGCUGAAUAAGCAGAGAGUCAUAACUCAGUCAAAUAUGAGUUUUAAUCAUAAAGUUGUAAUUCAAUUUUCCAAAAUGUCAACAAAAAUAGGAUUAAAGAAAAACAACAUUCCACUUCCUUCUUGCAUCCCCCAAAGCAUGAUGGAAGCUGUAGUCCCAGCUUGAAACUGUCCCAAAUAGAAAAGUUAGACUGUUAAAAACAAUCUGAAACAGACAGAAUCCAUGAAAAAUAUUUAGCUCCUCUCAAAUGAAAUAUGAUGAAGAUAGAGGAGUUAUUGUUCUAUUGGCCCAAAUAUAAGAGGCUAUUGUAAUGUAGUGUCACUAAGUGUUGCAUUAUGGGUUGUUUGUAGAGCAGUCUACCCGAGGAAAUCAGGUCAGCUGAAUAUUAAAAUCGCUGGUUAAAAGACACUUUUAUUUAAGAGCCUUUGCUGAUUCUACAUGAUUUUAUUUGAAGUAUAAUAAGUAUAUAUAUUCCUUAGUGUGUUUUGCUUUACCUGCCUUCAUCUUUUAACUGGUUGAAAUUGCUUAAAGUCAAUUAUUUAAUCACUUGUAUUUGAUUAUUUUAAAGCCCUUAUUAUAAGAUUCUUCUUAUUCUUUGUUGUUAGGUUAGUUUCUAGUGUUUCUGUCAGUCAGCCCUAAACAUGUUUGGUUAGUUCAAUUUACCCUGCAGGAGUUUCUGAGAGCUCGUAUAACAACGUGAUGCGUGAAAAUGAGUCUGAGGGCCCGUGUCCACCAAAGUGUGUUUUUCUGAUUCCUUUUUUCAAUUCAUUGCAAUGGGAGCGCCGUGUAUUUACACGCUGGUAAAAACGGCAGCAGCGGUCACUGAGAGUCAAAAAUGUACAACUUCGGGAAAACACUGCGCUCAUCACUGUCACUUUUUACUUAGUCGUCCAAUCACAGCAGAGAAGGGCCGGGAAAAAUACCACACCGUAGCAACGGUUACUAUCUCUAUGAGAGGCCCAGAGCAAGUGCUCUGCUCUGUGUUGACAUUUUUUACAACCAGUAAAGUCAGGUAGAACUACUUGCAACAUCACUUCCGGGGAUUUUAUGCAUCAUAGCAACCAAAGCAGUCGGAAAAAACGCCCCAUAGCGCUCCCUGCUGGGCGUUUUCAGCUGGCGAAAAACGCUUUGGUGGACACGGGCCCUAAAGCGUCUCCUUAGUGCAGAACCGGACCGUGGACUCAGGACAACAGUUACUGCUGUCAGAGGGGGAGGAGCUCAAACGGACAGGCUGAAAGAGGCUAACUGCCUUGACCACAGUAGGGCGUGCGAGUACGUGAGUGGUUAUCUUCUGCUUUAAUGGCAUUACAUCAUGUUUUCACUUCACUUUUACCAGACUUAGAGGGAAGUCUUUUUUCUCUGUAGGACAUGGUCUUAUAUUCUGUGUAUAUACUGAUGGUGUGACCCCGGUGUAAUCGUCUGUACUUUUCCACAUCUCACUCAACUUCUGGAUGGUUUGAAUGUCUGGUUCUGCUUCACAUAUAUAUAUUUCUUUGUAAAGUUAUGAAUAAACUCUUUAUUUUUAUUAAUUGUAUCCAGUCAAAUAGACAGUGGAAGUGGCUCGUGCGUUGGUUUCUUUUAUUCUUUUGCUGAUUUAUCGUUGAUCGGACAAACGUGAUUUUCUGAACCUUCCUGAUUCUAUCUGAUGUCUAAGCUUCUUUUCCAAAGUGCAAAGAUUUUAACUCUUUUUGAAACUACUGUACGUUCUUCCUGUAGUUAACGAAACAUAAAUAAUAUAUAAAUAAUAAAACAUAAACACAACUUAAAAUGUAUUGUCCUAAAGCUUUUAUUUCUCUAACCCUCAUGUCCCCUGCAGUUUCUGUAACUGUACUCUUUA